AUGGCUUUCUUCCUGAAAAGGAAGGAAGGAAAGGACGGAAAGAAAGUAGGAAGGAAGAAAGGACGGAAGGAAGAAGGAAAGGAUAGAAAGGAGCGAAAGGAAAAGGAAGGAAAGGAUGGAAAGAGAAGCAAAGGACGGAGGAAGGAGGGAAAGGACGGAAGGAAGGUAGGAAGAAAUGAAAGGGAAGGGAAGGAAAGGAUGGAAAGAAGGAAAGGACGAAGGAGGGAAAGGACGGAAGGAAGAGGGAAGAAAGGAAGGGAAAGAAGGAAAGGAGGAAAGAAAGGAAGAGAAAGGAAGAGAAAAGGAAGGAAAGGAAGGAAGGAAAGAAGAAAGGAAGGAAGGAAGGAAAGGAUGGAAAGAAGGAAAGGACGGAAGGAAGGAAAGGACGGAAGGAAGGAAAGGAUGGAAGGAAGGAAGGAAAAAAAGGAAGGAAGGAAAGGACGGAAGGAAGGAAAGGACGGAAGGAAGGAAAGGAAGGAAGGAAGAAAGGAAGAAAAAAAGGAAGGAAGGAAAGAAAGG